UUGAAACGAAUCGUAGCCGAUUAGAAACACAAGUCUUCCACGAAUAUAUGAUCGGAAGCAGAGGUCCUCGAUACAAGAAACUCAAUACGCGGAACCAAAGGACGUCGCAAGUUCGGUUGGAAACCCUUGAUCCCGCCGCCGCCCAACUGUUGUGCUGUUUCCUUCUUUCCUCAUUAUGACGGAGCGGGAGGCAUCGACGGUCACAGGAUGCAAGGGGGAUAAGACCCCGGCCCUACUGCAGCUGGAACAGCUGCUGGCUCUUGGCCUCGAUCAGCGCACUGCGGAGACCGCUCUUGUCAACAGCAAGGUCACUGCCAAUCUUUCCGCCGUUAUAGCCGAGGCUGGUAUAACUUGGUGUGACAAGUCAGUAGGCAAUCUUUUGUAUGCAGUUGCCACCAAAUACCCAAGCAAUGCACUUGUCCAUCGUCCUAAUCUCAUCAACUAUAUUGUGUCCAUGAAGAUAAAGAACCCUGCACAGCUAGAUGCUGCUCUGUCAUUUCUUACUAAUGUUGGCCCUGAUUCUCUGGAUACUGGGAAGUUUGAAGAAGCCUGUGGUGUAGGUGUGAUUGUUUCGGUUGAAGAGAUUCAUUCAACUGUCGCGGAGGUUCUACAGGAAAAUAUGGGAGCUAUAUUGGUGCAGCGGUAUCACAUAAAUGUUGGUAGCCUAUGCGGACAGGUUAGGAAGAGACACCCCUGGGGUGAUGCUAAGGCGACAAAGGAGGAAAUCGAGAAGAGGCUUACAGAGAUACUAGGUCCAAAGACGGAAGUUGACAAUGUAAAACCAGUAAAAAAGAAGAAAGAAAAACCAGCGAAAGUUGAGGAGAAAAACGUUGCAGUAGCUAUUGCUGCCCCACCAUCAGAGGACCUGAAUCCAUACUCGGUAUUUCCUCUGCCGGCAGAAAACAACAAGGUUCAUACAGAAAUAUUCUUCAGCGAUGGAAACAUAUGGAAGGCGCAUAAUGCAAAAGAGAUUUUAGAGAAACAUGUUAUGGCAACUGGUGGAAAAGUGAUUACCCGUUUCCCUCCAGAACCUAAUGGAUAUCUUCAUAUCGGUCAUGCCAAGGCUAUGUUUAUUGAUUUUGGACUGGCUAAAGAGCGGAAUGGCAAUUGUUAUCUGAGGUUUGAUGACACAAACCCAGAAGCUGAAAAGAAGGAAUAUAUAGACCACAUCAAGGAGAUAGUCCAGUGGAUGGGUUGGGAGCCCUACAAAAUCACAUAUACAAGUGAUUAUUUUCAAGCUUUAUAUGAGCAUGCAGUUGAGUUAAUACGGAAAGGGUUAGCCUAUGUGGAUCACCAGACUGCAGAACAAAUCAAGGAAUGCAGGAGAAACAAGGUGGAUAGUCCAUGGAGGGAUAGACCUAUUGAAGAGUCGCUUCAAUUAUUCGAAGACAUGCGACGUGGGUUGUUUGCCGAGGGCGCAGCAACUCUCCGAAUGAAGCAGGACACGCAGAAUGAUAACAAAAACAUGUCUGACUUGAUUGCUUACCGAAUAAAAUUCACCCCUCAUCCACAUGCUGGUGACAAAUGGUGUAUCUAUCCAAGCUAUGAUUAUGCCCAUUGCAUGGUGGAUUCUUUUGAAAACAUUACUCACUCGCUCUGCACGCUUGAGUUUGACACACGUCGCCUGUCAUACUACUGGCUACUUGUUGCCUCAGGCUUGUACCAGCCAUAUGUUUGGGAGUAUUCAAGGCUGAACAUAUCAUAUACCGUUAUGUCUAAAAGAAAGUUGAAUCGGCUUGUGACAGAUAAGUGGGUAGAUGGUUGGGAUGAUCCGCGUUUGUUAACACUGGCAGGACUGCGGCGACGGGGAGUGACAGCAACUGCAAUCAAUUCAUUUAUCCGUGGAAUUGGGAUAACAAGAAGUGACAGUAGCUUGAUUCGUGUCGACCGUCUUGAAUAUCAUAUCAGAGAAGAACUUAAUAAAACAGCUUCUCGGGCCAUGGUUGUUAUGCAUCCUCUAAGGGUUGUAAUAACUAACUUAGAAGAUGGAAAAGUCAUAGAGCUUGAUGGAAAGAAGUGGCCUGAUGCUCCUGCUGAUGAAGCUUCGUCCUACUACAAGGUUCCUUUCUCAAGAACUGUCUACAUUGAACAAACUGAUUUUCGCCCUAAGGACUCGAAAGAUUACUAUGGGCUAGCUCCUGGUAAAUCUGUCCUGCUAAGGUAUGCAUUCCCUAUAAAAUGCACAGAGGUUAUUUAUGGUGAUACUCCAGAUGAUAUUGUUGAAAUUCGAGCUGAGUAUGACCCCUCAAAGACUUCUAAACCUAAGGGUGUUCUGCACUGGGUUUCCGAGCCAGCACCUGGAGUUGAGCCCUUGAAGGUCGAAAUAAGAUUGUUUGAGAAAUUAUUCUUAUCAGAGAAUCCUGCCGAAUUGAAAGAUUGGCUGGGUGACCUUAACCCGCACUCAAAAGAGGUUGUAAAGGGCGCAUAUGCUGUACCGUCGCUUGCAACCGCCGUUGUGGGUAAUAAGUUUCAGUUUGAGCGGCUCGGCUACUAUGCUGUGGACACCGACUCGAAGCCCGGGAAGCUCGUGUUUAACAGGACUGUUACUCUGCGUGACUCUUAUGGGAAAACUGGACCCAAGUGAUUGCUAGAUUAUUUAAGUUGAUUUUGCUUGGUUAGCUAAUGGGAGAAAACCGACAGAGCCUUCCUGGGCUUGUGAUGACUAUUAGUGUAUGUUUUUGUUUCAGUCAAUCAAAAUUUGAAUGGUCAGAUAUGUAUGCUCAGAUUACUUGUCCUCCACCUGGAGCUUUUCA